CCAGCACCCUGUGCAACCCCACCACCAUCCAAACGCGACCGAGCCGAGCACCACCAAGCUCCUACCACCAAGCUCCCAGCUCCCAGCUCCCGCAUCCAUCACGCACCACCACCCCACCACACGCAAACGAACAAACGAACAAUGUCAGACCCAACCACGACUACCGCGAUCGCAACACUGCACACGCUAUCCACGCGGCUGUCACGUCUAGAGUUCACACUGACGGGCAGCCCGCGGCCACCCGCUCCAUCUCCUCCAGCAACAACCCCAGCAGCAGCAGCAGCCCCCUCAGCCCCAGCCCCGCCAGCUCCUCCAACGUCGAGCACAUCGGCAGACCCGCCAACCGCGACCCCGAUCCAAAUCCCAAUCCGCACCCGCAUCGCAACGCUGCAAUCAGACCUGCAGCGCCUGCAGGUAAAAUCGCGGACGGUCGCUGAGAUAUUGCAGAUUCACGCGAACUACCCCGAAGCCUUCACCUCGACCCCCCAUCGCGUAGCGGAGCACGGGCCCCCGGCCUCCUCCAAAGCCGCCACCGUAUUGUCCUCUGCGCCCGACCUCGCGUCGACCGCGUCGCGCCUCAGCGCGAUCGGCGACACGCCUAUUCCCGCGUCAGCGGCCAGCGCGCGGCUAGUGGCGUUGCUGCCUAGGCUGCAGGAGCUGGAGGAGACGCAGAGGAGGCAGGCGCGGAAGGUGGCGGAACUUAGGUCCAGGUCGGUUAGGGUGCUGGAACAGUGGUAUCAGGUGGGGGUCGUCGGGGUUAAUGAGUGUUUUGCUGAGUGGGAUGAGCGCACGGGGAGGGUGGAGAGGGGGGUUGUGAGGAGGGGGGCGGAGGGGGUUUGA